CUGUCUUUCCCGGGGCGAACUGCCACAGAGCCAUCCAAACCACACAGACGGUGCACCGAGAGUUCAGAAGCGCCUGUUUCCGUUUAGCUAACAUUAAGGGGAGUGGACUUUAUCCGUCCACUUUCCUUUCGGUCGGCACGAGGUCGUGCAAGUGUCAUAGUUUUGGCUGCUUUUUUUUUUCUCUGGGCAUCGGGCAACUUUCCGUUGAAGACAGAGACGCAGCGCGUUGCGCGCCGUUGGGCAUGUGCCGCCCGUGAGAGGAGCACGCAAGCAGCAGGACUACAGAAAAAGACUGAGUGCAAAACAGAAGAAGACGCACACCAUGAAGAAAGAGGACUCUGGAAAUCAAGUCUGGGCUCUCCUCCGCCUGCCUGGCGGUAAUUAUGGCGGCAAAAGGAAGAGGAUUACAGUUCUGUCCCAUCAAGGGGUCCCAUUAGUGGGAUUGAUUCUGUUAGCCAUCCUCCCUUUUGGAGCAGGCAUCAAACAGAGUGUCCCCAGGGUCCAACUCAGCCACAAAGAUCUGCUGCAGGCUGGAAGCGUGUCUCUGUUUCUAGGCCCCUCUGAUGGCCUUCACUCCCACUCUCUGCUCUUGGAUGAGGAGAGAGGUCGCCUUCUGUUGGGAGCCAGAGAUCACAUCUACCUGCUUGACCCUGACAAUUUGGCCAAAGCCCACAAAAAGAUUCAUUGGCCUGCUCCGAGGGACAGAGUUGAAAUGUGCAAACUGGCUGGCAAGAACGCAAACAUGGAAUGUGCUAACUUUAUCAGGGUCCUCCACAAUUACAACCGAACACAUGUCUAUGCCUGCGGGACAGGAGCCUUCCACCCCACCUGUGCUUUCAUCGAAAUCACUGGCCACAGAGAGGAUGGUGUGUUCCAACUGCUGUCGAAUACACUGGAGUCUGGCAGGUUGAAAUGCCCUUUUGAUCCCUUGCAGCCGUUCACCUCUGUCCUCACAGACCAGUUUUUAUAUGCCGGCACAUCCUCAGACUUCUUGGGCAAAGAUACCACGUUCACACGUUCCCUAGGCCCUCCACCUGACCAGCACUACAUACGCACAGACAUCUCUGAAGACUACUGGAUCAAUGAGGCCAGGUUUAUAUCUGCUCAUCCCAUCGCAGACACCUACAAUCCGGACGAUGAUAAGAUGUACUUUUUCUUCCGCGAGGUAUCGUGGGAGGGCAACGAUAAGAGCAUCCUGUCCCGAGUGGCUCGUGUGUGCAAGAAUGAUGUGGGUGGGCUGAGGAGUCUGACCAAUAAAUGGACGACCUUCCUCAAAGCCAGGCUUGUGUGUUCUAUCCCUGGACCAGACGGCGUGGACACACACUUUGAUGAGCUCCAGGACGUCUUUUUGCUCCCUACCAGAGACGACAAAAACCCCAAAGUGUAUGCAGUCUUCACAACCUCCAGUUCCAUUUUCCGUGGCUCAGCAGUGUGUGUGUACAGCAUGGCUGACAUAAGGGCCGCGUUUAACGGACCUUACGCCCACAAGGAGGGGCCUGACCACCGAUGGGUAGAAUACGAGGGGAGGAUACCAUACCCCCGUCCUGGAACGUGCCCCAGCAAGACGUAUGAUCCGAAGAUCAAAACAACCAAAGACUUCCCAGAUGAGGUUGUCAGUUUCAUUCGAUUCCACCCUCUCAUGUAUCGCCCUGUCUACCCUCUGACUGGACGGCCAGUGUUCACGCGUGUCCGGGUGGACUACACCCUGACUCACAUUGUGGUGGACAGAGUUUUGGCAGAUGAUGGACAAUACGAGGUUAUGUUCCUGGGAUCAGAUGCUGGCUCAGUUCUGAAGGUGGUGAGCAUCACUCAAGAGAACUGGUCUAAUGAAGAAGUGGUGCUGGAAGAGCUUCAAGUAUUCCAGGUUCCCACUCCCAUCGUGAGCUUGGAGCUGUCUUCGAAACAGCAACAGCUCUACGUGGGUUCAAGCGAGGGACUAGCCCAGGUUUCACUCAGCAGAUGUCACUUGUACGGUCAGGCCUGUGCUGAGUGCUGCCUGGCACGAGACCCCUACUGCGCCUGGGACGGACACACGUGCUCACGAUACAUCCCUGCAUCUAAGAGGAGAGCCAGGAGACAAGACAUCAAGCAUGGAGACCCUGCAAUUCAGUGCUGGGACACAGAAGACAGCUUUGGCAGUGGACGUGUGGAGGAGCGGAUUCUUUACGGGGUGCAGAACAACUCCACCUUCCUCGAGUGCAUCCCUAAAUCUCAACAGGCCCAAAUCCGGUGGUACAUACAAAGACCUGGAUAUGAGCGAAAGGAGGAGGUCAGACUGGACGAUCGCGUCAUUCACACUGGCCGAGGCCUCCUGAUCCGCUCCCUCCAUGACUCUGACGCCGGCGUGUACGUCUGUGUGGCUCAAGAGCACACACACUUCACCCACACUUUACUGCGUCUCAAGCUACAGCUGGUCACACACGGACAACUCGACAGGAAACCCAAGCCCGGCGAAGACCCCGGCGCGGAGGUGAACCACGGCGCCACGGAGUCACGUCAGCGCUACAAAGACUACCUGCGAGUCAUGAGCUCCCCCUUCGACUCUCUGGAUGAGUACUGCGACUCACUGUGGCUGGACAAGAGGCUGUCGAGGGCGCGGGGACGAGGCCUGGGGGCCGGCAAAUGGAAACACAUCCAGGAAAUGAAGAAGAGCAGGAACAGGAGACACCACAAAUACAGGGAGGGGAAACAGGAGCGAGGGAGGGUGGUGAGGGCAGCAGAGCAGUGAGAGAAGGGUUAAAAAAUAGAUGAGUGGUUAGCCGUGUAUAUUCACUGGUUUAAUGAUUAAGCCAAUGUGACAAACAGCUGUAAAAUUGCAGUGUCAGACGAGCAAAAGUUGAGUUAAUGUGGCGUGAAAGACCAGCAAUCAAAUAUAUGGAACAUACAAGAAUUCAUAAUGCACUGUAAGCAAUUUUAAGUAGUAAAGUAUUACCGACCAAGCACAGUUUAUCAGAAAAGCUUUGUUGAUUCAGAGGAAAUAUGCAGCAUUUUGUGAAUAUUAUAUUCUAAUUUUCUAUAAAGUUCAGAAAAGAAAGUGCACCAAACACUUCAUAGUUUCAAAGAAAAUAUCACAGACUAAAUGACUGAAUUAUGCAACACUUUCUCAAGCAUAAUUGAUAUCGCAGUCUCUCCAAUUGACAUACAGUAUAUGAUAGUAAACGACACGUAGGGCCACAUACAAAUUUGCAGGCAGGCAUAAAAAGGUAGCAUAAAAAGUGACAAAUUCCACUUCCAGAGGAGGCAUAAAUCAAAUGCUGGACUUUUAACCAGGAUACUCAGGGUAGUGUCCCAUGUCAGACAAGAACUUUUUUGCGCAGCCGACUUUUGUUUCUUUGUAGUGCACAUUACUUUUGCUUUAGGCACCAAAAUGACUUGUUUAGGUUUAAGAAAGAAUCAUGGUUUGGGUUAAAAGAGAAUGUUUCACAAGGUUAAACAUGUUAGGAGUUUUUUUUUUUUUUUUGCAACAGCUUCUUUUCUUGGAGUUCAUAAGUGACAAGUCCCGUCUCAGCUGAGAGAUUUCACGUGCACUAAAUCACACAACCAUAAGAGGGUGCAAAGCUACGUAGACACCGGCCGUUUUGGUCGUCUUAGAAACUCAACUGCUAUUAUUUUUAUAAUGAUGACAGGAUGUGCAUCAACCGUGCAUCCAUCAGUCGUCGACUUCUUCUGAAGCUGUAGUGACACAGAUCAGUAGAGGGAUGACAACGUGGCCUAUUGACUUUUUUCCCCACUAGAACAGAUACAUACUCCAGUGAAUGGAUCAUGAAUGAAUAAUUUCAUGGCAUCUAAACAUGGUUGGAGUUAGAAAAACUGGGGAAAGCCUCAUAACGCACACACACACAAAAAAAGCAUUUGCUCAUGGGGAUGACAUCGCAUUCAUGUUGAAUGACUGUAAAUAUUUACGUAACUUGUACAGGAGAUACAGCAUGCUCAAUUUAGCCUUAUUAACAAUCUGUAACUAUAAUAUUCAUCAUUUAUUAUGUUUGGAUGAAAAAAAAAAGUAUUUUUCUACAACCCCCUGUACUGUAGGUCUGCUAGAUGUUUUCGUUCGUACUGUUUCUGAAAGUUGUUCAAAUAAAUUUGAUUUGGUGCCUCA